AUGAGGAAACCUGAUCUGAUGGCCAACAAGGACAAAAUGAACCACAUUAAGAGCAAGUUGAGAAAAGGGUUGUGGUCACCUGAUGAAGAUGAGAAGCUCAUAAGGUACAUGCUCACAAAUGGACAAGGGUGUUGGAGCGACAUUGCAAGAAAUGCUGGUCUCCAAAGGUGUGGCAAAAGUUGCCGUCUUCGUUGGAUUAAUUACUUAAGACCUGACCUCAAGCGCGGUGCAUUCUCACCCCAAGAGGAAGACCUCAUCUUUCAUUUGCAUUCUAUUCUUGGUAACAGGUGGUCUCAGAUUGCAGCACGUCUCCCUGGUCGCACAGACAAUGAGAUAAAGAAUUUUUGGAACUCAACAUUAAAGAAAAGGAUGAAAACCAACACUUCUACUCCCUCCCGAAACAACAGCACUGACUCGUCAGAGUCUAAAGAUGUUUUGAGCGGGAUCGUCCCAUUUAAUGAACAUGACAUCUUGACCAUGUGCAUGGAUUCCUCUUCAUCCAUAUCAUCCAUGCAAGCAAUGGUUUUGCCUGACCAAUUUGACCCUUUUUCCAUGUUGGUAAAUAAUCAGAGUGACAUGACUAAUGUUUCAGCAGAUUUUCCCAACAUGCCUACUUCAUGCAUGACACAAAUUGGCAUGGUAGAUGGGCACCAAGGGAAAUAUGGGACAUUGGAGCCAAAUAACAAAAUGGGGUUAGGAAGAGACUUCUCCCUUCCUUCACUAGAAAGUAGAAGAAGCAUUGAAAGCGAUAGUGUUCCAAUUGAUGUGAAAAGCCAUAACAACCACUUCAAUUAUGGUUCCUUCAACAACACUGAUAAGAUUCAAGGCUCCAAAGUGGAGGACUUAAUUGGGUUUGGAAAUCAUGGCCAAGGAGAAUUUUUUUUGGAGAAUUUGAUGCAAGACAUAACCUCUUUUCCUUUCCUUGAUUUUUAA